GUCCCGAUCCGCGGCGCUUCGUCGUCUCCAGAGCUGCUUUCUGCCCCGUGUGCCGCAGCGGCGGCGGUUCGUUCGGGUUUUCCCUUCUUGUUGGCAAGAGUUUAUAAAAUAUUUAAUCUCAUUCAUGAGUCGAACUUCCUUUUUAAGUCAUGGAUGACAAGGCUUCUGUUGGAAAAAUCAGUGUCUCUUCAGACUCGGUAUCCACUCUUAACAGUGAAGAUUUUGUCUUGGUUUCCAGGCAAGGGGAUGAAACACCAUCUACAAAUAAUGGUAGUGAUGAUGAAAAAACAGGACUGAAGAUUGUUGGGAAUGGAAGCGAACAGCAGCUGCAGAGGGAACUUGAAGACGUGCUGAUGGAUCCACCUAUGGAAGAUCAGUCAAUUGACCAAGACCAUGGUGAUGAAGUUAGUAGGACUGAUGGUGAUGGGGAAGAACCCGUUGUCCUUGAAGCUUCAGCAUCUUCUACCAUUAACCCAGUGUCGGUGGCAGGACUCCAGAAACCAGAAAUGAGUUUGCCAGUGAAACCAUCCCAGGGAGACUGUGGGGAUUUGAGCCCUUUUACGCCUGUGACUGAUGAGGACAGUGUGGUAUUUAGCAAGCUCACCUACUUAGGCUGUGCCUCUGUGAAUGCUCCCCGGAGUGAAGUGGAAGCCCUCAGAAUGAUGUGCAUUCUACGAAGCCAGUGCCAGAUUUCUCUGGAUGUGACUCUGUCAGUGCCUAAUGUCUCAGAAGGAACAGUGAGACUUUUAGAUCCUCAGACAAACACAGAAAUAGCAAAUUAUCCAAUCUAUAAAAUCCUUUUCUGUGUACGAGGGCAUGAUGGGACCCCUGAAUGUGAUUGCUUUGCUUUCACUGAAAGCCACUACAAUGCAGAACUCUUCAGGAUUCAUGUCUUCCGAUGCGAGAUCCAAGAGGCUGUGAGCCGAAUACUGUACAGCUUUGCCACUGCCUUUCGUCGUUCCGCCAAACAAACCCCACUCUCAGCCAUUGCCACUCCACAGACUCCAGACAGUGAUAUUUUCACCUUCUCUGUGUCACUGGAAAUCAAAGAAGAUGAUGGAAAAGGUUAUUUCAGUGCAGUUCCCAAAGACAAGGACAGGCAGUGCUUUAAACUCCGCCAAGGAAUCGAUAAGAAGAUAGUGAUUUAUGUCCAACAGACAACUAAUAAGGAGCUUGCUAUUGAGAGAUGUUUUGGCCUCCUCCUGAGCCGUGGGAAAGAUGUUCGGAGUGGUGACAUGCACCUUCUAGAUUUGGAGUCGAUGGGUAAAAGUUCUGAUGGGAAAUCAUACGUGAUCACUGGUAGCUGGAAUCAAAAAUCUCCACACUUCCAAUUUGUAAAUGAAGAAACACCAAAAGAUAAAGUACUGUUCAUGACUACUGCUGUGGACUUGGUGAUAACUGAGGUUCAGGAACCCGUUCGAUUCAUUCUGGAGACUAAAGUCAGAGUUUGUUCACCUAAUGAGAGAUUGUUCUGGCCCUUCAGCAAACGUAGCUCUACUGAAAAUUUUUUCCUGAAAUUAAAACAGAUAAAGCAAAAGGACAGAAAGAAUAAUUCAGACACAUUAUAUGAAGUUGUGUGUCUAGAAAGCGAAUCGGAGAGGGAGAGAAGAAAAACCACAGCGAGCCCCUCUCUUCGCCUGCCCCAGUCGGGGUCACAGGGCUCAAUGAUUCCUUCCCCUCCAGAGGAUGAUGAAGAAGAAGACAAUGAUGAACCUCUCCUGAGUGGUUCUGGAGAUGUUUCCAAGGAGUGCGCAGAAAAAAUUCUGGAGACGUGGGGAGAGUUGCUGUCCAAAUGGCACCUCAAUUUGAGCGUGAGGCCCAAGACACUGUCAGCACUGGUGAGAAGUGGUGUCCCUGAGGCCCUGAGAGGAGAGGUCUGGCAGCUGCUGGCAGGGUGUCAUAACAACGAUCACCUGGUGGAGAAGUACCGAAUCCUCAUCACAAAGGAGUCUCCACAAGACAGUGCUAUCACUCGAGACAUCAAUCGAACGUUUCCUGCUCAUGAUUAUUUUAAAGAUACUGGAGGAGAUGGUCAGGACUCCCUGUACAAAAUAUGCAAGGCCUAUUCUGUCUAUGAUGAAGAGAUUGGUUACUGUCAAGGCCAAUCGUUUCUUGCUGCUGUGCUGCUUUUACAUAUGCCUGAAGAGCAAGCUUUCAGCGUUCUGGUCAAAAUCAUGUUUGAUUAUGGACUCAGGGAACUUUUCAAACAAAAUUUUGAAGAUUUGCACUGCAAGUUCUAUCAGCUGGAGCGCCUCAUGCAGGAAUACAUUCCUGAUCUGUAUAACCACUUUCUGGACAUUAGCCUUGAAGCACACAUGUAUGCUUCCCAGUGGUUCCUUACACUGUUCACGGCAAAAUUCCCUCUCUACAUGGUCUUCCAUAUUAUUGACUUACUCUUAUGUGAGGGAAUAAGUGUUAUCUUUAACGUUGCACUGGGAUUAUUAAAAACUACCAAGGAUGAUUUGUUACUGACUGACUUCGAAGGGGCUUUAAAAUUCUUCCGUGUUCAGCUGCCCAAGAGAUACCGCUCAGAGGAGAACGCAAAAAAGCUGAUGGAGUUAGCCUGUAACAUGAAGAUUAGCCAGAAGAAGUUGAAGAAAUAUGAAAAGGAAUAUCACACCAUGAGAGAGCAGCAAGCUCAGCAGGAGGAUCCAAUAGAAAGAUUCGAGCGUGAGAACCGGCGUCUACAAGAAGCAAACAUGAGGCUUGAGCAAGAAAAUGAUGACCUUGCACACGAACUGGUGACCAGCAAGAUUGCUCUGCGGAAAGAUUUAGACAAUGCAGAGGAAAAGGCAGAUGCUCUGAAUAAGGAACUGCUAAUGACCAAGCAGAAAUUGAUUGAUGCAGAAGAAGAAAAGAGGCGCCUGGAAGAAGAAUCAGCUCAGCUGAAGGAAAUGUGUCGUAGGGAACUAGAUAAAGCUGAGUCCGAGAUCAAAAAGAACAGCUCUAUAAUUGGUGACUACAAACAGAUUUGUUCCCAGCUGAGUGAGCGACUGGAAAAGCAACAAACAGCAAAUAAAGCUGAAAUUGAAAAAAUACGGCAAAAAGUGGAUGACUGUGAACACUGCCGGGAGUUCUUCAAUAAAGAAGGCCGUGUGAAGGUUGCAAGCUCAGCCAAGGAUGGCUCAGAUGAUGACACGGAUGAGGAGAAGGAAACGCUGAAAAACCAGCUGAGGGAGAUGGAGCUUGAGCUGGCCCAGACCAAACUGCAGCUUGUGGAAGCAGAAUGUAAAAUACAGGAUUUGGAACACCAUUUGGGUCUGGCAUUGAAUGAAGUACAAGCUGCAAAGAAAACGUGGUUCAACAGAACAAUAAGCUCUAUAAAAACAGUGACUGGAGUCCAAGGAAAAGAGACUUGUUGAAAUGCAAUUCUGUCAAACACACCUUUUGUUGCCUUCCUUGGCCAGAUGUUUAAUUCUGUGACAUGAGAGGACCAGAAUGUAAAUACAAUAGAAAUACAGCAUGUCGGGAUUUCAAUAGGUCAGUGAUAAAAAGGAUGGAAACACAAAAAUGGCUUUAUUGCUAGACAUGGGAUCUUCAUACUACUGAUAUUUAACAGGUGAUGUAGCUAGAUUGAAGCUCUUCAGAGAAACACUCCAUUCUGCGGUCUGGCUGGAGGCUUUUCACAGACUAGGUACGAGAACUUACCAAACCCUAAUUGUUAAGUUUACAUAUGAUAGGUUUUUUUACAGUUAUAACCUUUUUUAAUAUUUUAUUUGAAAGGAAAAGUGUCACUAAAGGAAUUAAAAAAAAAAAAGAGGAAAAAAAAAGAAAAACAAAACAAAAAAAAAGAAGAAAAAUAAGACAACUACCAAGAAGUACAUCAGUGCCAGAAAGUAGUCCCCAGAGGUAGGAUAUAGAGAGUAGGAGGUGAAGUUUUGUUUUUGAAUGGGGAUGAUUUCAGCAUUCCUGUCAGUGCAGCCCCAUUUUGUUUUAGUUAGAUGCAGCAUCCAUCUCUGUGUUUGGCAUUUCUUUCUGUUACUAAUCAAUUCUAUGCAACUCUGAGUCUUUUUUUUUUUUUCUUUUGGCAUUUGCCAAACAAAUUUGCAACCUGAAGUUCAGGGCCUUGUCUAAAUGCUAGAUGAGAAUAAUCAGAAUUCUUGGCAAAGUUCUGUUUCACUUCUGUGUCAUAUGGUUUGAUCCACGUAUCAACAGCGUUAAAAUCCCCAGCUAACAAGGACUACUUAUGUGGAUGGUCUGACAUUUAAUUGAGUCUUUUUGUUUGUUUUUUGUCACUUCUUUUUGUUUUGUUCUUUUGUUGUUUUUACCCGCCUGUAGCAGGCCUUCUGUGAAGCUCUGAGAAAGCUUCCAGGAUUUAGUUUUGCACAUAGGUAUGAAUGGGACAAAGAAACAAUAAACUGAGAUAUAUAUGAGGCAAAAAUCACUGCGUGAGUGUAGCUGCGAGCAUCUAUAGCUGUCCAACUGGCUUCCCUGGUAACACAUUCAGAGGUUGUGUAGGUCAUUUUCCUGCUCGAUGCAGUUGCACUAAUAGGUGCUAAACAUGCUUGGAUUGCUUAUUCUUUGGAUUGUCUGAGUUCUCACCAGAAAGCUGUAGAAUGGAGUUUUGCACCUUUGUUAUUUUUUUUUUUUUUAAUUUAUAAUGGUUUGUGUUAUGCUGAAGUAUCUAUUGCAUCAGUGGAUAAAUUUCGUGUGCAGUGUGAGUAUAAGCUGGUAACAAUAAGAGGCACUGGUUUGUAUAUAAAGAUAUUUGGUUUAUUUUGUAUUUCUACCUUUUUCUUGUUUACUGUACUAAUGCUAGCUAAUGUACUCUGUAACUACAGAAUAGAACAUGCUAUGUCCAAGCUUUUUUUCCUUAACUGCAUACAUUAUCUCUAUUGUUUAAUACCAAAAACAAAACAAAACUUGUAACUCCAUCAAUAUUAAAUGCGUGGACAUUGUGGUAGCAUAGUUGCAGUGUGUAUACUUUAUGAAUUGAAAUAUAAACAAGUAAAAUUGUAUAACUACU